AUUAAAAUACAUUAAGGGCUAAAUAAAACAAGACACACUUUAUAUAGAGCUAGGGUUUUAUCGUCUCACACCCUUGCGUUUCUCCGAUACCUUCAUAGCAGCAGCUGCAGUUUGUGAGAAGAUCUAAUCUACAGAAACAUGGCAGGUGAAGAGGCUGUUGUUCCCAUUGAGGCACCCGCCCCGGCACUCGGUGAACCCAUGGAUAUCAUGACCGCUUUGCAGCUCGUGUUAAGAAAGUCACUCGCUCAUGGAGGUCUCGUGAGGGGUUUGCAUGAGGCUGCGAAAGUGAUUGAAAAACACGCUGCUUUACUUUGCGUUUUGGCAGAAGAUUGUAACCAGCCCGAUUAUCAAAAGUUGGUCAAAGCACUUUGCGCUGACCAUAAUGUGAGCUUGGUUACAGUUCCAGCUGCAAAGACUCUUGGCGAGUGGGCCGGUUUGUGCAAGAUUGAUUCAGAAGGGAAGGCAAGAAAGGUUGUGGGUUGCUCAUGCCUCGUUGUGAAGGAUUACGGUGAGGAAAGCGAAGGUCUUCACAUUGUUCAGGAGUAUGUGAAAUCUCACUAAUGACAAUGGGACGCGAAACUUGUUUUAGAUCACUUGAUGUGUUUCAUCUGUGUUGGGAACAUUUUGUUUUAGGAAAUUUUGAAUGGAUUUAGAUUCUGAUUAUGGAGUUUUUGGUUUCAAGUGAUUGUGCUCAUUCAGUCUUUUGGCUUUAUGUUUUAUAAGUUUCAAUCAUAUUUGAGAUGA